AUGGAAGAUCUCGAUCCCGGGCUUCAGGGUUAUUCUGACAGUGGCUCAGACUUCCAUGAUCUUCCUGCCCCAGAGCUGCCCAAGGGUCUCCGCAAGACUUGCCUCGAGGCAUCCGAUGGAGGCGGUGUGACCCUGAAGAGACCCAAUCCAGGUGAUGCGGUGGUGCUUCAGUGCAGGCCUUGUCCCGAAAAGCUGAAGCACUUGCAGAAUGACCAAGGCCUCAUCUGCCUGGACCUCGAUAGUGCCGCCGCGCCAGCAUGGCUUCUGGCCGCGGCAAGCAGCUUGCGGCUAUCGGAACGGGCCAGGUUCGAGGGACCUCUCCUUGCCGACCUUGCUCUCGGCGAGGGGAUUGAGCGGCUGGGCGGGCGAUCGAUUAAUCAAUAA